GCCGCUGCGGCUGUGGACGCGCCCACCAUGCGGCGGGGCUAGAGCCCGAGGCUUCCACCGCCAGUAAUGAUGUUAGCUGAGACCAGUCUUUCCAUAUGGGGAUGGGGAAGCCUUGUCAUCGUGCUUUUUUUAAUAAAGUUUGGACCGUUUGUUAUAUUUUACAUCUUCUGCUUUGUGAGUGGGGGGUUUGUGGUAACAUUUUUGUUUGGAAAAACCAGUUCAGAGAAGUACCUUGAACAGUGUGAACACUCCUUUCUUCCUCCAACAUCAUUUGGCAUUACUAAAUGCAUAGAUGAAAUGAAACAAGAAAGCAAGUCUAUUAAAAUUGAUAGGAGGCUGACCGGUGCCUAUAUAAUUGAUGAACCUCUACAGCAAGUUAUUCAGUUUUCUCUGAGAGACUAUGUACAGUAUUGGUAUUAUACACUAAGUGAUGAUGAAUCCUUUCUUCAUGAAAUCAGGAAGACUCUUCAAAAUGCACUAAUUAAAUUUUCUACUAGGUCAAAAGAAAUAGAUUGGCUGCCUUAUUUUGCUACUCGACUUGUAGAUGAUUUUGGCACCCAUCUCAGAAUAUUCAGAAAAGCUCAGCAGAGGAUAACAGAAAAAGAUGAUAAAAUGAAAGCGGAAGAUCUUGUAGAUACAUUUUUUGAAGUUGAGGUUGAAAUGGAGAAGGAAGUCUGUCGCGAUCUAGUCUGCACAUCUCCCAAAGAUGAAGAAGGUUUCCUAAGGGAUCUAUGUGAAGUUUUACUGUAUUUAUUGCUACCUCCUGGAGACUUCCAGAACAAGAUCAUGAGAUAUUUUGUCAGGGAAAUCAUUGCUCGAGGAAUUCUUCUUCCAUUAAUAAAUCAGCUCAGUGAUCCUGAUUAUAUUAAUCAGUAUGUCAUAUGGAUGAUUCGUGAUUCCGUUUGCAGCUAUGAGGCCUUUAUGAACAUUAUUAAACUGAGUGACAAUAUAGGAGAGUUGGAAGCAGUAAGGGAUAAAGCAGCAGAAGAAUUGCAGUAUCUUCGCUCUUUAGAUACAGCUGGAGAUGAUAUCAACAAUAUUAAAAAUCAAAUAAAUAGCUUAUUGUUUGUGAAGAAAGUAUGUGAUUCAAGAAUACUCAGAUUGCAGACAGGAAAAGAAAUAGAUACUGUGAAACUGGCUGUAAAAUGUGGAAAACUUUGCACAGUCCCUCUGGACAACAUUCUAGUACACAAUAUUGCACUACAAUUUUUUAUGGAUUACAUGCAGCAGGUGGGAGGCCAAGCGCAUCUCUUCUUCUGGAUGACAGUAGAAGGAUACAGGGUUACAGCACAACAGCAGCUAGCUGUGCUAUCGAGCCCUAAGAAAGAUGGAAGGCAUCAGACAACUCAAACCAAAGACCUGUUAAGAACAGCUGCAGUGGGAGUUUAUGACCAGUAUUUGUCAGAGAAGGCAUCACCGAGAGUUAAUAUUGAUGACGCCUUGGUAGCAAAGCUGGCAGAAAAACUGAGUCAUGAGGAUCCAACCCCAGAAAUCUUUGAUGAGGUUCAGAAAAAGGUAUAUGAGUUGAUGCUACGGGAUGAGAAAUUCUACCCUUCGUUCAAACAGCAUGUACUGUAUGUGCGAAUGCUUGCUGAAUUAGAUAUGCUGAAGGAUCCUAGCUUCAGAGGAUCAGAUGAUGGUGAAGGAGAAUCGUUUAAUGGGUCUCCUACAGGAAGCAUUAACUUGUCAUUAGAUGACCUUUCAAAUGUGACUUCUGAUGAGUUCAUACAACUACGUGCAUGUAUUUCAGAUACCGUCUUUGCUGACUAUGACCCAUAUGCCAUGGCAGGAGUUUGUAAUGAUCAUGGCAAGACAUAUGCGCUGUAUGCUAUCACUGUUCGUCGUCGAACUCCAAAUGGUGAAGAAGCAUGGAAAACGUACCGUCGCUACAGUGAUUUCCAUGACUUCCACAUGCGGAUUACUGAGCAGUUUGAAAACCUAGCAAGUAUAUUGAAGCUUCCUGGUAAAAAAACGUUCAAUAACAUGGACAGAGAAUUUUUAGAAAAAAGGAAGAAAGAUUUAAAUGCAUACUUGCAGCUUUUGCUAACUCCUGAAAUGAUGAAAGCUUCCCCAGCUUUAGCCCACUGUGUGUACGACUUCUUGGAAAAUAAGGCCUACAGUAAAGGGAAGGGAGAUUUUGCACGGAAGAUGGACACAUUUGUAAACCCACUGCGUAAUUCUAUGAGAAAUGUUUCAAAUGCUGUCAAGUCCUUCCCUGACAGCUUGACAGAGGGGAUGACUAAAAUGUCAGACAACAUGGGCAAAAUAUCAGAAAGAUUGGGACAAGACAUAAAGCAAUCAUUUUUCAAGGAGUCUCCUUUAAUGCAGAAGACAUAUGUUGAUCCUGAGCACAGCCGUGUUGGAGCACAGCUCGAGGACAUUGUGGAUGACACAAUCCCCCUUAGAAUAAUGCUGCUACUCAUGGAUGAAGUCUUUGAUCUGAAGGAGAGGAAUCAGUGGUUACGAAGAAAUAUCAAAAACUUGCUUCAGCAGCUUAUUAGAGCGAUGCACGGAGACACACUAAAUAAAAAAAUAGUUGAUCACGUUGAUUGGAUGACCUCUCCUGAACAAGUCGCAGAUGCAGUGAAACGGUUCAGAGAUGCCUUUUGGCCCAAUGGCAUUUUAGCUGAAGCUGUUCCACGCAGAGACAAAGCCAUUAGAAUGCGAACAAGAAUAGCUGGGAAAACAAAAUUACUGGGGAUAAUGCCAGAUGAGUUGAAGCAUAUCCUUGGUGCUGAGACAACAAGAAAAGGCAUUCUCCGCGUCUUUGAAAUGUUCCAGCAUACCCAGCUCAAUAAGAGGAUGGUGUAUGUCUUUCUGGAGGGCUUUUUGGAAACUUUAUUCCCAAUGUAUAAAUUCUGUGAGCUCUUCAACAAACUGCAUUCACGUUCAAAGCAGAUGCAACGAUACAAGCAUAGACUACAAUCUACACAAGCGCCUUCUUUACAAAAAAGGUGACACUCUAAACUAUUAAGUUGGUGUCCAUUUGCCCUGGUCCUGGGCAGAUUCUCUGGGGCUUAAAACUCUCAUGCUGUUAUUUCUGCACCAGUCUUUUAGUGUCACAUAUUAGAUUAUUAAUACAUCCAUAAGAAAUGUGGUUCUUCUCAUCCUCCACCUAUAACGCAACCACUACGCCAUGAACUGGGUCCAUAUGUCUUAAAUGAUUUGGUGCAUCGACGUCCAACACUGAGAAGCAUACUAGCCUGUUAUGUGAGAACCUCUGUUCCUUCCACUCCUGACAGAAUUGAUUAUUGCCAGCAAUGAAAAAGUGCUAGACUGUCCACUUGGAGAUAAGUAAAGCACAACUUAUGGUGAUAGCAAUGGAGGACUUGACUGCUCUGCUUGCAACUGGGAGAUUGUGCAAUGUGAGAAUCAGGUGUGAUUUGAUUUGCAUUAUGACUGUUGAUGAUUUGUAGGUCUCGGUCAGCAGCUCUAGACAAGUUGACCUAGCAGGAAGCAAAGUCUUUUGGAACAACUGGUUUUGAGAAAUAUUGUUAUCCCAAAAA